GUGCCAGUGGGUUCGCGAGGGGGCGCCGAGAGGCAUCGUAAGUGAGGGGAGAGUGCGCAAACUUGCAGUGACUCGUUUUGUUCUCGGGAUUUCGUGUCUCUUGAAAUAACUUCGUUUUCUGUUAAUGCUAUUCUUUAGACGUAUCUUUUAUAUGUUGUGGAUGUGUUUCGUGUAUUAUGUGUUGUGUUGGAAGUUGUCUAAAUCGCAAUGGCAGCGUUUUUUUCUUGUCAGUACAUUGAACAUAUAUAGGCAAUGAAGUGUUGUCAAUCACCUUCUCCGUAAACUUCAAGACGUGAGUGGUUACAGUGACAAUUUGCUUCGCCUCUAGCCGCGGCCGUCGACGUCCCGAGCGACGCUGGCGGGCGCGGACGGCCUGCUGCUUGCGGGGGAGCGGGGGCGUCGGGCGCCGCACGCCGCUGCCGUGAUGGGCGCGGCGCGCGCGCUGCCCAAGCUUCAAGUCGGGCGUGGGGUCGCUGGAACCGGCAACCCGGCCCCGCCGCCAUGCGCCUCGCUGGACAACGGAGCGCCUUGCAGUGCGAGGUGCCGAGCUGCGCAAGCUGGUCGCCGGGGCGGGCGGUGGGAGCAGCCGCCGUGACGGCUGCGGCGGCGCGGCGGGGGCGUCCGGAGGCGACGAGUCAUCGCGCGUGGCGGGUUGGAGCUGGAGCUGCCCGGCAGGCGCGGGAGGCCCCUCGGCCGGCGGACCGCAAGCGCCUCAAGGCCGAGAAGUUCGACCUGCUGAACCAGAUGAAGCAGCUGUACGGCACGCUGGAGGACAAGGAGAAGGAGCUGCGCGACUUCAUCCGCAACUACGAGCAGCGGAUGAGGGAGAGCGAGGCCUCGUUGCAGCAGCUGACGUCGGAGCGCGAGGAGCGCGAGCGCGAGCGCUGGAGCCUGCUGCGGCACGCGCGCGACGAGGCCGAGCGCAGCCUGGCGCUGGCGGCGCAGCUGGAGCAGCGCGACGCGCAGCUGCGCGCCCUGCAGGACCAGCUCGCCGAGGCGCGGCGGCAGCUGGGCGGCGGCGGCUCGGACCAGGAGAGCCUGGCGUCCAUGUCGCUGUCGGUGUCGCGCGUGAACGGCUCGUCGACGGGCGGGCUGCCGACGCCGACGGCCGGCUCGGGCGCGGGCGCGCUCGCGCUGGGGCUGGCGACGGGCGGUGGCAGCGGCGGCGCGUCGUCGUCGGCGGCGUCG